UCGUUGAAGCCAUUUUUCACGCGCAUGCGCGAAAAUUGCGGCGAACCCGGUCAGUCUAGUCACACUGCUGACGGUGAUGACCUGUGGUUUUAUGGUUUGUCCCAUCAACACUUUGGUUGUGCGAUAUAAGUGAUCCCGCGUUAAACGAGGAUAUUACAAUUCGCAAGAUUUCGAUUCAUUUCUUUCUAAAUAACAAGUAUUUGCCGUUUGAGUGCGAACGCAAGUACAAGACUACGUCAUGCCGGUAACGCCCUAGGACUUACAAGAAUUAGUCACCUAACGGAAUGUGUAAUGUUUAAAACGAUCUAACAUAACGAAUAAAAAGAUCGGUUUAAUUAAUAACAUCGAAUAGAAAAUGGAUAGCAAAGGCAGGAAGAUAAUCGUUUGCGAUAAUGGAACAGGGUUUGUAAAAUGUGGAUACGCAGGAGCAAAUUUUCCUGCGCACAUAUUUCCAUCCGUAGUUGGACGUCCUAUUAUUAGAGCAGUUAAUAAGAUGGGCGACAUUGAUGUAAAGGAUGUGCUUUACGUGCCUGAUUUAAUGGUCGGAGACGAAGCAAGUAAAUUUCGAUCUAUGCUAGAGAUUAGUUAUCCAAUGCAAAAUGGAAUUGUUAGAAACUGGGAGGACAUGUGUCAUGUUUGGGACUACACGUUCGGGAAGGAAAAAAUGAAUAUUAAUCCAAAGGAGUGUAAAAUUUUGUUAACAGAACCACCGAUGAAUCCUAUUACAAAUCGUGAGAAAAUGAUCGAGGUAAUGUUUGAAAAAUAUGGUUUCGCUGGAACGUAUAUUGCAAUUCAAGCAGUACUUACGUUAUAUGCUCAAGGGUUGCUUAGUGGCGUUGUGGUUGAUUCUGGAGAUGGUGUUACUCAUAUUUGUCCUGUGUUCGAAGAAUAUGCUUUACACCAUCUCACUCGACGAUUAGACAUAGCUGGUCGAGAUAUCACAAUGUAUUUAAUAAAACUUCUUAUGUUACGUGGUUACGCCUUUAAUCAUUCGGCUGAUUUUGAGACUGUUAGGAUGUUAAAAGAAAAAUUAUGUUAUAUUGGAUAUAAUAUUGAAACUGAAGAUAAAUUAGCACUAGAGACAACAGUUUUGGUCGAGUCGUAUACUCUUCCCGAUGGAAGAGUAAUAAAAGUAGGUGGUGAAAGGUUUGCAGCUCCGGAAGCUUUAUUUCAACCUCAUUUAAUAAACGUCGAGGCUCAGGGAAUCGCUGAAUUAGUAUUUAGCACUAUUCAAGCAGCCAAUAUUGAUAUAAGAAGCGAAUUAUAUAAACAUAUUGUUCUAAGCGGUGGUAGUACGAUGUACCCAGGUCUUCCAUCUAGACUUGAAAGAGAAAUUAAACAACUCUACCUACAAAGAGUGUUAAAGAAUGAUACCUCAAAAUUAAAUAAAUUUAAAAUAAAAAUCGAGGAUUCCCCGAGACGUAAACACAUGGUUUUUAUGGGUGGUGCUGUAUUAGCAGAAAUAGCAAAGGAUCGGGAUUCAGUAUGGAUAACGAAGGAAGAGUAUGAAGAAAAAGGUCUUAGUGUAUUAAAAAAAUUACGUUCUUAGGAAUCAUAAAGAAAAUAGUCAUUGAAAUAUA